AUGGACUACUACGAGCAUGUCUUCGGAAUGCCUACACACAGUAGCUGGCUUCAAUACCUUUACGUCGACACUCCCUACACUGCUUACAUCAACAACUGGGUUACCCUGACCUUGGUCCUGGACAUCCUGGUUCUACACACGUACGAGCGCAUACGUAGACUUGCGUACUUCGAAGACCCCGUCACGGGACCUCUCGUUGACAUCGAGAGCACUGUUUCGUUACCAAAAUACUCAACUAUACGCGAUCUCUUCACCUUUGCGUCUCCAGGCCACCCUCUCUGUCCGGCGUCGAAACCGCGCCGGAUCUUUAUGAUCUUCUGGAUCUUCAUAUGCGUCAUGGCAACGGCAGCGAUGGUGACAUGGAAGUUGCAUCAAUGGGUUUCAGACUUCUGGAAAAUGUUGAAUCUUGUCGUUUCGAUAGUAAGCAAGGCUCAUUCCGGAUCGUGGAGGCAGUAUGCGAAGAUGCCGAAGGCUGGCAUGCCUGGGGUGCAGUUGCCGGAACAGAUCCAGUAUCAUGGGUGUGUCAUUGCUGUAGUACUUGUUCUUUCGUAUUUGUAUUUGGCCUAG